CGGGAGGUCGUGGCCAAACUUCAGACUGAACCCAAUCGUGCUUGAGACACGUACACCAAACUCCUCAUCUCGUGGAUUACAUUGUGCAUACAUGUCAACUUUGUGCUCAACCUUGACAAACACGGGCCCCGGGAUGCUUAAAGACAUGGCUCACCUCGCCACCAACAACACCAGCAGCAACUUCCAUGAUAUCAAAAUGCUGGAGCUGCCACACCUGGAGGUCGACCGCCAAUUCUAUGACGUGAAGCUCCUUGCGUCCGGCUGGUACACGAAGGUCUUCGUCGCCAGGCACCUCAGGGCUGAUGACAGAGUUGUGCUCAAGUGUGUCCAGAAAGGCACCACCAAGAAAGAAGAUUUCUUUCGUGAGUUCCACUACAACUACUACCUCAGUCCUCACCCUUGUAUUAUCAAGAGCUUCCACGUGCCGUUUGACACAAACAACUCCUACGUGUUUGCGCAAGAGUUGGCCCCAGAGGGCGACCUGUCACAGCUGGUGAAGCGAGGAGGCCUUGGGGAACACCUGACAAGGCGGGUGGCGGAACAGAUAGCCUUCGCUCUGGAGUUCGUACACAGUAAAGACUUAGUUCACCGUGACGUUACCUUGGACAACAUCCUCGUCUUUGACCGCGACUUGUCACGCGUCAAACUGGGAGAUUUUGGCAAUACACAACGAGUCGGAGCCCUCGUGAAGAAGGUUAACGUCCGCGUGUCUUUCCUUCCUCCAGAGGUAAGAGAGGUCGUUUACAACGAGGGCUACCUCGUGCACACCGCCCAGGACGCCUGGCAACUUGGUAUCCUCAUCUUCGUGUGCCUGACGGGUUCAUAUCCUUGGGCGUCGGCCGACAUCACAGACCGCCAUUACAACUCGUGGGUGGCCUGGCUCAAGCAUAAAACUACCAAGAUGCCUCCACGCUUCAAGUGCUUUACUCCUCGUCUUCUUCGCCUUCUGCGAUGCCUUCUGGAGCCCAAGCCCGAGAAGCGCUCAGGGGUGAGGGAGGUGUACAAAUACCUGUCUGACCCCUGGCUCAUUAAAGGUAUGGAUCCCUUCGAGAUCUCCUUCGACGACAAUAUCCUGGACAUCCCGGAAACCAACAAGAAGUCGGUACUGAGAUGCGCUGAGAAGAAACUGGCUGAAAUACUCCGCUCUUACUUCUGUAAUCAAGAGUCUCGUAAACAAGUGAGAUGCAAGAAACAAGUUCGCUUUGCUCUCGACGGUGAAGAUGACGUCAGAGAAGGUGAGCAUCUACCGUGAGGCCACCCACUACCUCCUUGACUGUACGCUGCAGCUGUGUCAUGUACCUGCUGACCUGUAGCACUUAAGCACAUGUGAAGCUCCAACUCCUGCAGGUAUGGCACACACAGGCUAAACAGAGCGGCACAGAAGGUGGCAUGACGUCGCCUUCACUGUGUUACGUCCUCCGUGUGGGCAGGUGAACCCACAGUUUGUGGUAACCUGCACACCUGGCUGCCAGUAAUCACCUUGACAUACAUAGUCGUCACCACCUUGGCACCUGUGACUACUCUGACCUUACAUCAGUUUUUAGGAACCUUGAAGAUGACUCAAGUGUUAAUGUCACUUUAAGAAGAAUUAUAUGUUUGCAUAAGUAAUAUAAAAAAAAGAGAUUUACUUAUUUUUUUACACGUGUUUUAUUUUCUUAUAUUAUCAAACCAGUAAUAUAGUAUAGAUACUAAUAGAGGAUAGAUAGUAUAGAAUAAUAGUCAGUGUACUCCAUAAUCUCUGAAUCAAAGUAAAAACUCCAAAGAUUAAUAUAAAUACUUUUUAUAGUUUUGUAAAGUUUCUAUUUGUGAGGAGAAAGUCUACAGCUGUUUAUAAUAUUCAGUUUUUAUAUAAAAAUAAAUGGAUAUAUUUCUAAAAAAAUAAAUAUUAUUCCAAUU